AUGAAAAAUAAAACGACAAUGUGUAAACCUUUAGUAUGCGAACAAGAAGUUAAAGCUAAACCAACACGAUUUACCGUUGCUACACAAACAGAAAUGGAAUAUAUGAUUCUCAAUGUACCAUUAGUUACAUUACCUGCACCAAUUUAUCUUCCUUCACCAGCGCCGAGCUAUCGGCUAUUUGAACCGAAAGCAAUGGCAAUACCUGCACCUUUUUUUUGUACCAAUUAUGAUACCUGUACCAAAAAACGUUUAUGA